AAACAAAAUGAAAUAUCAAAAAUGAUAAAAUAUUUUAUUAGGGAAGUCAAUAUUACAGAUGUCGCAAAAAAGAAAAAGCCAAGCAAGCAUUAUAUUUAUAUCAUUAAUUUACUAUGGUCAGAUGGAACGCAGCAAGUUAUUUGUAGACGUUACUGCCAGUUUUUUGACCUUCAGACUAACUUAAUUGAUGCUUUCCCUCUUGAAUCUGGAGAAAUUAAUCCAAAUCAAAGAAUAUUACCAUUUUUGCCAGGAAAGAUUUUGUUUGGAAGAAGUAAUGUGAAAAAUGUUGCACUAAAAAGAAAAGAUCUACUUACAGAAUACCUUCAGAAACUUAUUGCUUUGCCAGAGAAAAUUUCACAAUGUAGCUUAGUAAUGGAUUUCUUUGAGGUGACUUCUGAUGAUAUACAAAAUUUGACAAGCAAAGACAUGACAAUAAAAAAAGAACGAACAGCACACAGCAUAUCUAAUCCAAGUCCUCUAGAAAAGUAUAUUGCUAUAGAAAAUUUUGAAAAAACCGAACGAAAUCAGGUUACAUUGGCAAUUGGUGAUGUUGUGGAUCUAAUAGAGAAGUGUGAUAAUGGUUGGUGGUUUGUUAGCAUUGAAGAUGAGCAAGGGUGGGCGCCAGGUUCAUUCUUAGAACCACUUGGUGGUACAAAAGAUGUAAUGGAAGAAUCCAUUUAUGGCAUGGAGGAAAAGUUUAUUUGCAUAAAGCCUUAUAAAGCAGAACAACCUGAUGAGUUGUCAUUGACAUUGGGAGAUGUUGUGUUUGUGUUAGGAAAGUGUUCAGAUGGUUGGUGGAAUGUUAGGUUGAAACGUGAUGCAGAAAAAGAUUAUGAUGGUUUUGUGCCUGCAAUUUACCUAAACAAGGUUCCUGAAGGAGCAGAAGCUGGAGUUGUUCGCCAAUCUAGGGCAGGUUUACCAUCAAGAGGUAGGAACAACAAGAUUAUCAUCUCGUUAGCUUUUGUAAAAAACUUAAAAUCAUCUAAUACCACAAGUAUUGUUCCUCCACCAAGAAGAAACUCCUAUAAGAUGAAAAUAAAUGUAUCAACUGAUAAAACCCUUGUUGAUGAGAAAAGUAAAACAAGUUGUUUGACAAAUGUGAACCAAGUUGAAGUAUCAGAAUCGCUAUAUGUUGCAUCUACUAAUAUUAAAGCGUUUGGCGAAAAGAAGAUAGAUAUAUUUGAAGGUGCACCUGUUGUGGUUCAAGACAAGUUACCAAAUGGAUGGUGGUACAUUGAAGUUGGUGGUGUAGAAGGCUGGGUGCAUUCUAAAAUGAUUACUCGAACAAGUUUAAAAAAGAUCAAAAAAGAUCAAGCAACAAAAGAAUAUUACAGAACAUCAGCAAGUUUUAAUUCCACGGAUAAAGCAUGUUUAUCAUUUUUAGAAAAUCAGGUUGUUGAAGUAAUUGAAAAAAACGAUAGCGGUUGGUGGUUAAUUAAAACUAAAAGUCAAGAGGGGUGGGCACCAUCUAGUUAUUUAAAUAAAAUGCAUUCCAAUUGUAAUGAAGUUAAAGAUACAUCUAAAGUCAUUUCUAUUAAGCCGGAUUUAGAGACCGGGAAAUUUUUUAAGGGAAAUUUAGAGACCGGAAAACCUUUUAAGGGAGAUUUAGAAAACAACAAACCUUUUAAGGAAGAUUUAAAACCACAAAAAAAUAAUCAUAUUAUUGUGCCACGACCUCUGCCACGACCGAAUCUCAAUUCUAAAUCGUCUUCCAAAACAUCGACUGAUAACAUCGACGGUGCUUCGAGAUUCUGUAAUAAACAAAAUAACAACAACCUUGUUUUGGCGGGAAAACCCGCUGUACCAAAAAGACCAUUAACUAAGGUAUCUGAAACCGGACCAAUAUCAUGUUCCAAUACAUCAAUAUAUACUGAACUUGUGGUUUUCACUGCUCCUACUUGCCCAAGUGAUCCAAAUUAUAAAGAAUUACAAAUACAGCCCAUUCCAACGAAAAAUCCAAUUAAAACAGCAGAAGAAGAUUAUAUUGAUAUCGAUAAGUAUCAAUCUAAAUAUGAAGGAAUAAGAAAUCCUCCAGUUUCGAAAUACACUAAACUUAAUGUAGCUAGUGCUCCUCCGCGCCCUACUGGUCAAAUAUUUAAAGAACCAAAAUUGAAACCUGAUUUUUGCUCACCGCUGAUAAAAUCAAAUGAAGAAAUCUACACAGCGAUUGAAAAUUAUGAAGACACUGAUGAAAGUAUAAUAAAUUUAAAGAUAGGCCAGCGAGUGCGUGUUUUAAAAAAAGAUAAUGGAGGUUGGUGGUAUGCCGAAGUUGAUAAUGCUUUAGGCUGGGUACCAUCUAACUUUUUAAAAUUGUGUAAUUAAAGAAUAUUUAAUAAAUUAUUUAAGUAUGUGAAAA